AUGGUCAAUGCCUACAAAGUGAAACAGAUGUUUAAUGUGUAUGCCAUGGGUUCGAAAAUGCUUUGCUACAGGUGUCUUGGGUUUUUUUGUCCUCCCCCCUGUGUGUAUCUUAUGGGUAGUGGCUGGAAGAAAAAGAAAGAACAGAUGGAGAGAGAUGGCUGUACAGAGCAAGACUCUCAGCCCUGUGCAUUUAUUGGAAUCGGUAACAGUGACCAAGACAUGCAACAGCUAAAUUUAGAAGGAAAGAACUAUUGCACUGCCAAAACAUUGUACAUAUCGGACUCAGACAAGAGAAAGCACUUCAUGUUAUCAGUAAAAAUGUUCUAUGGUAAUAGUGAUGAGAUUGGUGUGUUUCUAAGUAAACGGAUCAAGGUCAUCUCUAAGCCAUCAAAAAAGAAACAGUCACUGAAAAAUGCAGACUUAUGUAUUGCAUCAGGGACAAAAGUAGCACUAUUUAAUCGGCUGCGUUCACAGACGGUUAGCACAAGAUAUUUGCACGUUGAAGGUGGCAACUUCCAUGCUAGCUCGCAACAGUGGGGCGCUUUCUUUAUUCAUCUCUUGGAUGAUGAAGAAUCGGAAGGAGAAGAGUUUACAGUGCGUGAUGGCUACAUUCACUAUGGGCAAACGGUGAAACUUGUAUGUUCGGUCACAGGCAUGGCACUCCCAAGGCUG